AGAUGAACUUUUGCAACAAACUGCCCCAAUUCAAAUCGACGACGAUUCUGCUUUCGCUGUUCUCUCUCACUGCAUACAUAGUGUAUACCUUUUAAUUUCGUUACUGGAACCACCUCUUCGUUUCCAAUAAAAUUUCCGAUCAUCUGAACUCACAUUCCUAUUCGAAGCUGAUCUCAGUGGUUAACGCUCAGGUCUGGGCUGUGAGGCUGGGAUUCUGCGCUCUUUCUCCGGGAAGAGGAUUGAUUUUUGGUCAAACAAAGUUCGAUAAGUGAGUAUUGUGGUAAAAGGUCAUUUGGAGGAGCACGAAGUAUUUUGUACAAGUGACUCAUGUGAUAGUGUUAGAUUCAGGUGACACAUUUUCAUGGCCCCCAAUCCAAGAGUUAAUAAGGCUUUUAGCUUUACGAGGGCCUUGGGAAUUUCUAAUGAGGAGGUGAAGCCCGUGUUGAUAAAGCUGUUAAGAAUUUAUGACGGAAACUGGGAACUUAUUGAAGAUGACAAUUAUCGGACACUUGUAGAUGCAUACAUUGAUUUUAAGGAAGAUAAGGGAGUUGAAGGUAAGAGAAAAACUCAUUCCAGUUGUGGGGUUGGAGAUAAACCAAGAAGGAAACUGCUCUUGGCAGAUGAAGAAGACCAGGCUUUAUCACCCAAUGACAACUCAAGCCAAAUGUCAUAUGCAGAAGACAACAAAAUAUCACGGAAGACUUCUCAAAUGAAAACCACUGAACCAUCUCAAACAGUCAUGGAAGAUAUUAAGCGCAAAACCAGUUCACAAGCAUCACACACAAAGUUGAGUGAGGUAGAAAAGAUCUCAAAUUUACCUUGCGUGGCAGCUAAAGAUAAAAUAUCAUAUCCUGAGAAAGCCUCAUCAGCAGAGCCUUGUGGUCAUUUUGAGAAAGAGUUUGUGAAGCCAAAAACUAAGAAACCUAGGUCCCAAUUUACUUCAACAAAUCGUAAUGGUUUAUCUGGUGCUUCAAAUGGAGAUCUGUGUGUCAAAUCUCUGUCAACUCAGGAUCAGGAUGUGCAAAGUAAAGAUGUUGGAUCAUCAUGCAACAAUAAUACCGCAGCAUAUAAUGGAAAUAUUAUGAUUGGUUCUUCAGAUAAGGGAGAAGUUAAAAUAUCUUUAAAUUGCAACUCUGCCUUGGGACAACCCAACUUCUGUAUUCCUAAUUUGGAUGUUGUUAUGAGGUUCAUGGACAAGAAGUAUCUUAGCUCUUGCAACACUGUUGGGCCCCAACUUUCUAUGGCGAAGCUAUUAGAUGACCUUUGCAGGAGUUAUCUCAAGUUGGGAUAUCGAAAGAUAUCAAAUUCCAAGCAUGCCACGUCACAGCAAUCUGUUAAUCAAGGUGAAGGGAAUUCCUUUCAUUUUAUCAUUGACAUAACAAAAGGGUCAGAAGAGGUGAAAAUAUCAUUAAUAGAUGAAUUUGGAAAUGAUGACUUGCCAAAGUUUAAUUACAUACCAUGUAGUAUAAUAUAUCAAAGUGCUAGUGUAAAUAUUUCUUUGGCCCGGAUUUCGGAUGAGGGUUGCUGUUCUGAUUGUUCAAACGACUGUCUUUCCUCGUCAUUGCCUUGUGCAUGUGCUCAGGAAACUGGUGGAGAGUUUGCUUACACACCACAAGGUUUGUUGAAAGAAGAAUUUCUAACAGCUUGUAUGUCUAUGAAGAAUGAACCUCAAGAUCAUCAUUUGGUGUACUGUCAAGAGUGCCCAUUGGAGAAGUCCAAGAAUGAGUACAUGCCCGAACGAUGCAAAGGACAUCUGGUUAGGAAGUUUAUAAAGGAAUGUUGGAUGAAAUGUGGAUGUGGCAUGCAUUGCGGAAAUCGGAUAGUGCAACGAGGAAUAAGGUGCAAAUUACAAGUGUUCUCAACUCGUGAAGGUAAAGGGUGGGGCCUUAGACCGCUAGAAGAUUUACCAAAGGGAACUUUUGUAUGUGAAUAUGUUGGUGAAAUAUUAACCAAUAUGGAGUUGUACGAUAGGAUUGUAAACAAUAGUGGCACUGGCAAUGACAGACAUACAUAUCCUGUAACUCUUGAUGCAGACUGGGGCUCAGAAGGGGUGUUAAAGGAUGAGGAGGCGCUAUGUUUAGAUGCAACAUAUAAUGGAAAUGUUGGAAGAUUCAUCAAUCAUAGAUGCUAUGAUGCAAAUCUCAUAGAUAUUCCUGUUGAAGUGGAGACUCCCGAUCAUCACUAUUAUCAUCUUGCCUUCUUUACCAACAGGAAAGUGAGUGCAUACGAGGAGUUGACAUGGGAUUAUGGUAUUGAUUUUGACGAUCACGACCAUCCUAUUAAAGCAUUUCAGUGUCGUUGCGGAAGCGCCUUCUGCUGUGAUAAGAAACGAAAAGGUUUACUCAAGUAGAUCUUAGUCAUGCUAUAAUGGAAAGGAAGAAUAGAAAAUCAGGUUCAUGUAAGAAGAGGAAUGUCUUAACUCAGCCAAUUGAAGCAAUUCUGCGAUCAGUACAGGAGACGGGAAACAAUAAAUUUCGUAAGCAAUCUUUGAUCGUCGCGGUGCCUGCGCUCAGGAUUCCAUUGCUUACAAACUAUUCAUCUUUUGGGGAAGCAACUAUAUUACUGAAAAUGGGAACUAAAAACCUCAGGUGUCUUAGUUGUACGGGAGGAGUAGUUUAAACUUCUAUUGUUAAUUGCCUGCAAUAGUUUUACUUUAAUUGUUGAUUGUCUGCAUUUAUUUGCAGAAAGUUGAUAAAUAAUUUUCAAGUGGUUCAUUAUUUUUCUUUUUUGUUAGGGCAAAGUAGGGAGGAACAAAUUUAUGAUACAAAGAUUGGUUUUCUUUAUUGUUGUAUAAUCCGAAUUCCUGGAAUAAACUUUUUCAGGAAGUUUUGAAAUAUGAGAUUCUGUUGUAUCCAAAAAGUUUAUUUGAUU